AUGGCAAAGAAAGAUAAAAAAGUAAAAAAGGAAGAGCCACCUGAUGCGGUACAGCAAGAGGAAGAGCUGCUGGCCACCACCGACCUGGAGCCGGAGCCUGAAGAGGUGCAGUACACUGACACUUCGUAUACCAGCGCUUCUUUUGAAUACAUACCAGUGGUCGUCGAAGGUAUCAAACCAAAAAAAAAGAAAAAAGGGAAAAAGAAAGCUGAGGAAAAAGUUGUAAAGAAGACUAGCAGUGAACUGUUUCAAUGGUCUGAAGAAUCGCUUCCUCUAGAGGAAGAGAAAAAAGUAGAAGAGGAGCAAGUAGUGGUGAAGAAGAAAAAAGGAAAGAAGAAGAAGGAGGAGAAAGAAGAGAUUCCAGAUUUUGAAAAGCCAAAAAAUUGGAAAAAAAUGAAUAAGAAAGAAAGAGAAGCUUGGCUCUUGGAGCGGAUAGAAGAAUGGCGGGCGGAGAUGGAAGCUGAGAAACAAGCUAGAUUAGCGGGUGCGAAAGAGAAAAGACUAGCCCUGGCGCGAGAAAGAUCAGAGUUGAUGGCGAGGGACAAUGCUGAACAGGAUAUAAGAAGAGAUAUACUCGCCAAAACUGUGAAUUUGUUUAACAAAUAUGAAAAGCAAAAGUUAGAUUUCGUCAGAAACAAAGAGCUGCAAGCGGAAUGGCAACAAUACCUCCGAUGCGACGGUCUGCCCGACCCGCGCGUGGUCACGCAAAUGAACACAUACAUCCAUGUAUGGCAAGAGAGUGGAGCCAGCGAUGAUGGUGAACUGGACAGGAGAUUCACGGAGGUUUUGCCUAUGCUAGCAAUGUUAGAUGAGUUUGUCGCAAACUCCAGACAGUAUACUGCACUUCAAGCUCAAAGUUUUACUGAGGUACGUCUAGGCUUACGUGAGCAACUCUUCCUCGCCAUACAAUGUACAUCGUUCACUCUGUUACGGGACCUGGAACACCGUCUGAAAUGGGACACCAUAAAACUGGCCACAUACCACAGGGAGUUCAAAGGAUUGAAGCUUAACAUUUGGGUAGCUGUGCCUUUGCCGACCAGAAAACCCAAGCCAGUUGAAUCUGAACCUGAACCAGUGGAACUAUCAUUCCCAUCGAUGUCUGUUGCAGUCAAGCUUCCGAAGACCAUAGACGGCUCCAGAGUGUGUGUGCGAGCCGCUCGCUCCACCAUUGAUCUGCUGAGCGAGAAUUCACCAAGUUUCCAUUUGCGCCACGAAAUCGCCAACAGAUAUGAAGAUCUAUUUAUAUUCAACGUCAAAGAACACACCGAAACGUACAAAAUCAAAAAGGAACAGGACGACAUUAGAAAUAAAUUCUUCAAAGAGAUACGGGAUAAAAUCAAAGAGGUGGAAAACUUUUUAAAAGCAAAUCCGUACACAAAGAAUGAAAAAGAAAAAGAAGAACUGGACAAUCUCAACUUGGCAGAGCCACCAUUUUUGCCAGACCCAAGAACGUUUAUUGGAGAACAGAAUGAAAAGAACUUCGCAAAAUACCUAAAAUCAUGCAUGACUCGCAUCAGAACGGGCGAAGUGAAUCUUAGAAAAUAUAGGAUCUGUAGCGGUGUACUAAAUCUCGAUCUAUUGGUGACACCGCCGCAACCAAAAAGGAUUAGAGGAGGAGUAUUUAUAACAACACUGGAGGUCCCACAACAGCUGAAACCCAUGAAGUACCAAGUGCAGUACCGCGCGCCCUCCCCCCCGCCGCCGGGCGUCACCCGUACCCCCGAGGAGAUCGAAACCGAACUGAAGAAGGUCGAGGCUCAAUAUGAAAAGCUCGCUUUGGUUUGCAUUGACCUCCCGCAGGACGUGAUGUGGACGGACCCGCCCGUGGUGUGCCAGUGGCAGGAACCCAGGAAGCUCUGGACUUCCAACUACGUCAACGACUACAAGUAUAAUGAGGACAAGCUGACUGUGCAGUUCAGGACUGGGGUGCUAUGGCCAAUCGGCAUCGCGACUCUGCGGUAUGGAAAUAUGCCGUACCAAGGAUGGGACAUGAAGCCAGACCCUGCCGGCAAAGGCGUCAUAGUGACGGUGACGGGCGUGUGCGUGACGGUGACGUGGGUGUGCGUGGGCAACAAGGUGCAGCUCAAGUGGAUCGCCAACGCCACCACCAGCGCGCUCAAGGAACAUUUCAACAAGCCCUACAGCGUCAAGAAAAUGGUUCAGAUAAUGCGCGAGGCCGCUUGCGAUUUCUUCCCGGACUUCGACGCCCACAGCUACAUAGAAGCCAGCUGUCCGAAGGAGUGGGUGAUGGAGAGACACAACUACCACGCCAUGGCGUUUCUCUCCAGAGCGUACAACUUUCAAUGGAGCAGGUGGAACGUCGGGGCUGGAAGCCGAAAUAUCAUCAUGCAAAUACGUGAAGCAGUUGAUAAGAAAAGAGAGGCGAAGUUCCAACUUCUCCAAGUGACGCCGCAGCGCGCAUCAAUUCUGCGAUGCAUUGAACUAUCGCAAGAAUUCAAUAUGGAACCAAUAGUUGGAUUACAGUUUUAUCCGGACCUCUUCACAUUGAACAUGUCUUAUGGUUCGGUGGACGCACGGCGAGCCACCUUCGACAUGAAAUACAGACUCGUCGAGACAGUCUUCGAUUUACUGCAGGAGUUAAAAGUGUGUAGCUACUCGUGAAUUUAAGAAAAUCAAAAAUAAAAACUGACAACGCACCAAAUAUUGUCUUUGUAUGGUAAAUUAUAAUAUUUUUUGCACGUUACAAUGUUCUACUCGUAGGUAUCAUUAAUAAAACAAUGAAAUGUCAUUAAAUGAAUUUCUCUCAGGGGUGCCACAAGGUAGUAUAUUAGGACCGGUAAUGUAUCUCCUAUUCACUGCUGACCUGCCAACACACGUUGAUACGACGAUUGCAAAUUUCGCGGACGAUACAGCUAUUUUAUCGGUACACGAGGAUUCCUAUUAGUAGACGGAACCUGUCUGCUCAAAUCACCACAAAAAUACCUAAAAUACCUACACAACUGAAAGACUCAUUGUGAUGUGACACAGAUUGUCAAGUGAUUGUGAGUACUAUAUUUUAUUCAGUGAAAACAGGGGCGUCGGCUAGUACUACUUGUACUGUACAAUGUAAAUGUAGAGUAAAAAACUAGAGUUUCUUUAAAAUUUUAUUGAUCACAAUAUCACGUUUCUAAUAUAUCAAUAUUAUUCUGACGCUAUUUCUCUCUAUUUAUUCUCACUUUUAAAAAGCUUUCAUACUUAAGUUAGUAGCAAUUUAUUUGGAAACCUCUUUGAAAUUUAUUUUAAUAUUAAUAAAAGAUUUAUAUAGUCGUGGAAUAAUAAUUAUUUUUGCACUAAUUA